AUGGUGCUGAGCCCCGUAGACCAGCUCUCUGAUGCUGAUGAAUCUCAGAAGGGUCAAGCAGGAGCCACAGGUUCCAGUAAGGCCAAGGCCAAACCUCCAGCCAAACCUACAGGUCCAAAACCUUUCAAAAGGCCAGCGGCUUCUGUUGAACCACCCAAAACCGAAGCUCCUGAAGAGACCACGCCGAGAAAGUCAGCCCUUCGUCUCCCUGUGCUGAAGCGGCCUUCGUCUGCGAGUACUGGUGGCAACGAUGAGCCACUGCUGAAAAAGCCUGCUGCGCUGGGGAUCUCAAAGUACCGGUACAAGAAUGGAGUCUGGGGGUUCAAGGUUGGAGGCAAGCAGGAGAAAGCGCUCUCAGAUGAGAUGCUCCGGGUGGCCAAGUUGAACGUAAAGAAGGAUGAACCCAAAUGUGAGGCAGAGAUUCAGGAAACUGAAGAUUUGGAAUUCGGAGCCCUUCAAGAGGGUGGUGAAGAAGAGGAAUGCGAGCAGGAUGAGGAAGAAGCCGAGGGCGAACUGGACAAUGGACACCUCUCUCUUACGCAUCCGGUGAAGUUCGAGGCCUUCUUGGAUGAGGACUUCAUCGCACACCAGCGCUUCGUGAGCUUCCCCACUGGAAGCCUCUUCAGCGCCUCACACGGACCUUUGCUUCGGCGCGAUGGCGGUGAAGAGCCCCGAAACACGCGGAAAGCCACCAAGACUACGGGAUGCUUCAUCCGCCCCAGCAGUUUGCGUCGUUUCCCUAGUGACUAUGAGCGAGUGCGAGUCCGUGGCGGUGCAGCUGUGAGGGCGCGAACGCUCAGCGGGCGCAGGUUCGGCUUCCAGGCGAAGCACGCAGCUUCCAAGCUCGGCUCAGAAAGCUUCCAGAUUUUGGAGCUGCGGCCGCUGUGGGAGGUGCCCCUGGGCGCGCUGAGCGACGGGCAGCGGCAGCGGGUGGAGCUGCAGAGAAGACUGGGCGCUGUGGAGACGGAGACGGUGGUCUUGUUGGAUGAGAUCACGGCCGAGCUGGACAUGUUGGUGAGACAGGACUUGCUGGACUGGCUGGUUGAAGCGAACUGCACCGUGCUGAACGUCACGCACGUCUUCGAAGCUUGUGAAGGUUGGGCCACUCAUCUCCUGUACCUGCAGGGCGCAGCCAGCCACCUCGAGCCGCUCGAGCCAGCCGCAACGGCGGGGCCGUGGCCUUCGCUCUUCGCUCGGGCGGUGGAGCGGCUUGGCCAGGAUGCCCCGACUCCUAUGGCUCGCGCUGCACUCCCGCGUGCUGUGGGCACCACAGCUGGUGUGGACAUCGAAGACCUUCGCUUCGACUAUGGCCGCGGGACGGUGCUGUCGGUGGAGAAGCUCUCUCUGCCUGUCGGGUGCCGAUGCCUCUUGGUGGGGCUCAACGGUGGUGGCAAGUCAACGCUGCUCAACGUCAUGGCAGGCCGGCGCAUGGCAAAGGCCCAAAAGCUGCAAGUACUGGGCGGCCAUCCAUUCGAGGAGCGGUGGCUGGACCGGGAGAUCUCCAUUCUCAGCAGCGAGUGGAAGCGCCAGGUGGGUCAGAUGCGAGGGCAGUUGACCUUCAAGGAGUUGGCGGACGCCACCCUGCAGGACUUGCAGUCCCAGGGCUUCGAGCCCACCAGCCUGGCGCAGCGGAUGUUGCGACUGGUGCAAAUCUUCUCCGUGGAGCCCACGAAACCGCUGGGCCUCCUCUCCGAUGGCCAGCUCCGACGUGUGCAGCUGGCAGUGAAGUUGGUCAAGCCUGCGCGGCUUUUGUUGAUGGAUGAAGUGACUGCGGACUUGGAUGUGCUUGCCCGCGAGGCCCUGCUGAGGUUCUUGCGUGAGGAGAGCGAGGAUGGAUGCAGCGUGGUCUACUGCACGCACAUCAUGGAUGGUCUGGCAGGAUGGGCCACGCACUUCCUCCACUUGGGCGGCGCGAGCGGCGCGUCCGUGGAGCCGGCGGCGGAGGUCGAAGCGUCGGGCGCUUCGCUGAGUGGUGCGGUCUUGGCGCGCCUGCGCGCGGAGCGUGAGCGGCGGAGGGCCGAACCGCCGGAGCGUGCCGCGGGUCGCCCGGAGCGUGUGGCCCACGCUGCGGAUUUCGGUGAUGCACUGCCGCUGGGGUGGCACCGACGACAUGCGGAGGGCGCCUACGGGAACUACGCCUGGAACGUGGAAGCGAAGCCGCAGGAGGAAUGGUCCUUCCAAUCCGUCGCCCCGGAGCCUUCCAACGAACGCCCGGCUGCGCCGCUUCCGGACGCGGCGCCCGCGCCCGCCGCGCCGGCGGCCGCGGGGCUGGGCUACUCGGCAGCGCCGGUAGCAGACAGCGCACCCUGGGGCGGAUCACGGAUGAAUCAGAUGAGCGCGGAGGAGUUGGUGAGGCUCGGCAUCAUCCCACCAGAGAAGUGAAGGGAAGUGAGGCUCCGCUGCUCAAGCGAGCCAGUACAGGGGCACCAACCAAAAGCGCAUGGGCAGAAGAGUUUGUUUUUUGGGGCGGUUGGUGGCUCUGUUUGGUUGCCAAAUGGAUGGAUA